AAGAUGGACUGGAAACAAGUGCUUUUUCUUUCCUGCCUCAUGACUUUCGUGAUCCUGACUGUCCUUGAGGGAGGCAAUACUGUGGCCGUGGGUUCCCAGAAAGCAGCCGCUGGCGAAUCAAGCAAGGAAAGUCUGAAAAAAAGAGUCUUCAUGAAGGAAUCAGAUGCCUCUAACUUUUUCAAGAAGAGAGGCAAAAGAGCGACGAAAUCCAGGGAUGAGCUCAACGUGGAGACCCGCCAGAUGUUGGCUGCUGACGAACAAAGGAGGGAAUACUAUGAGGAGCAGAGGAAUGAGUUUGAGAACUUUGUUGAGGAGGAACGUGAUGAGCAAGAUGAGAGAAGCCGAGAACAAAUUGAGCAGUGGCGCGAAUACCACUAUGAUGGCCUCUACCCACCAUAUUUGUAUAAUCGCCACAUUGUCUAAAGUAACUGGAGGAAAGGACUGUACACAGUAAGAACUGAAAUUGUGGCGAUUUGGUCCUUGGCAGGACCAUCACUAAGGCAACCUUAUUCGUGCCACGGCUACAUUACUGAUCUUUCUCUCUGUUGAACCUACUGGCAUGGACUGUGCUCCUAAGCUGCUUUGCUUUGUAUUUUGAGGCACCUGCAGAUAGAAGAAUCUGAACCUUGACGCAUACAGCAAAUGAAGGAAAAAGGAUCAGACCUGUCUAUAUCUGUGCAAUUCCACUUAGAGUAGGCUUUUGUCUAAAAUAAUCACUACAUUUGGAGAGGUAACAAAGCCAGUUUGUGCAGUCAUUGGAGUAUCUGGUGUGUUUUUUUAAAAAAAUUG